AUGUCCCUUAGCAUUCCCGGCGCGCCCAACGCGGGCCUCUUUAAGCAGGGCUACAACAGCUACGAUUCCGAAGAUGGAGCCGUCCUGCGCAACAUCGAUGCCUGCCGUGCCAUCUCCUCGACCGUGCAGACCUCUCUCGGCCCGUACGGCCGCAACAAGGUCGUCAUUAACCACCUGGGAAAGAUGAUCCUGACCUCAGACGCCGCCACCAUUCUGCGCGAGCUCGACGUCGUCCACCCCGCUGCGAAGCUGCUCGUCAUGGCCAGCCAACAGCAGGAGGCUGAGAUGGGCGACGCCACGAACCUCGUCAUCGUCCUCGCCGGCGAGCUGCUCAAAAAAGCUGAAGACUUGCUGCGCAUGGGCCUCAAGACCUCCGACAUCGUCAACGGCUACGAGCGCGCCCAGAAAAUUGCUCUGGAUGCCCUGGAGGAGCUCGAGGUCGACAAGGUCGAGGACCUGCGGAACCCCGAGGAGCUGAAGAAAGCCCUGCGCACCGUCAUCGCCAGCAAGCAGAACGGCAGCGAAGACUUCCUUGCCGGCCUUGUCGCUGAGGCCGUCCUCUCCGUGCUGCCCAAGAACCCGGUCAACUUCAACGUCGACAACGUCCGCGUCGUCAAGAUCAUGGGCGGCAGCCUAGACCAGAGCCGCGUCGUCCGCGGAAUGGUCUUCAACAAGGAACCGGAUGGUGCGGUCAAGAAGGCCCGCAAGGCCAAGGUCGGUGUGUUCACUUGCCCGAUCGACAUCAGCCAGACGGAGACGAAGGGUACCGUGCUGCUGCACAAUGCCAAGGAGAUGCUUAACUUCUCCAAGGGCGAGGAGGAGCGGCUAGAGGCCCAGAUCAAGGAGCUGCAUGAUGUCGGCCUGCGUGUCAUCGUUGCCGGCUCCACCGUUGGCGAGCUGGCCAUGCACUACCUCAACCGCUACGGCAUCCUCGUCAUUAAAAUCUUCAGCAAGUUCGAGCUGCGCCGUCUGUGCCGCGUCGUCGGCGCUACCCCGCUAGCUCGCCUCGGCGCCCCUAUGCCUGACGAGAUGGGUACCAUCGACGUUGUUGAGACCCAAGAAAUUGGCGGUGACCGUGUGACUGUCUUCCGUCAGGAGGACGAGGCCACCCGGACUGCUACCAUUGUCCUGCGUGGCGCGACCCAGAACCACCUCGACGAUCUCGAGCGUGCCGUUGAUGAUGGUGUCAGCGUCAUCAAAGCCAUCACAAAGGAUGCCCGUCUCGUGCCCGGCGCUGGCGCCACCGAGAUUGAGUUGGUUGACAGGAUACAGGCUGCUGCUGACAAGACUCCCGGUCUGGCUCAGUACUCGAUCAAGAAGUACGGCGAGGCCUUUGAGGUCGUGCCGCGCACGCUAGCUGAGAGCGCUGGUCUGGAUGCUACUGAGGUCGUCAGCAGGCUGUAUGCUGCUCACCAGAAGAAGGAUGGCUGGACUACUGGUGUGGAUAUCGAGAACCAGGAAAACACCGGUGUCCUCGACGCCGAGGACGAGGGUAUCCUUGACCUGCUCUCUUCCAAGCACUGGGCCAUCAAGCUGGCCACUGAGGCCGCCCGCACCGUCCUGUCCGUCGACCAGAUCAUCGUCGCCCGCCAGGCUGGCGGGCCAAAGCCUCCUGGACCCAACCCGAACUGGGACGAAGACUGA